GGAAGCGCUUUUCCUUCGAUGGGUCCGGUCCGGACGCCGCCGUCUGCCGUGCUGGCGGCCGUGGAGGCUGCAGCCAUGGGGUUGGGAGAAGGGUCCCUGGCCCCCAAAGUCGGUUGUCUCCUGCCCUCCGGACCUGGGGCCCGGCUCCUGCAGCUGCCUCGGGGUGUCGCUGGCUCUCGUGCCGGGCGGGCCGCUGGCUCCAAGCAAGACCUGGAAGACUGGUCUGAAGCUCUGUCGGCCGCAGUGACCGCUCUCCGCGCCGGCGGGCUGGUCGCCCUCCCCACGGACACGCUGUACGGCGUGGCCUGCUCGGCCUGCUGCUCCGCGGCCCUCGGGGCUGUGUACAGCCUCAAGGGCCGCAGCCAGACCAAGCCGCUGGCGGUGUGCCUGGGCCGCGUGGCCGACAUCUACAGGUAUUGCCAGGUGAGGGUCCCCCGAGAGCUCCUGGAGGACCUGCUGCCUGGCCCUGUGACCCUGGUGAUGGAACGUUCAGGAGAGCUUAGCAAGGACCUGAAUCCAUUCACACCUCUUGUAGGUAUUCGGAUACCCGAUCAUGCCUUCAUGAGAGAUUUGGCUCAGAUGUUCUCAGGACCCCUCGCCCUCACCAGUGCCAACAUUAGCUCACAGCCAAGUUCUUUGAAUGUUAAGGAGUUCCAGGAUCUCUGGCCUCAGUUGUCCUUAGUCAUUGAUGGAGGACCAAUUGGAGAUGUAAAAAGUCCUGAAUGUCGACUUGGCUCCACAGUUGUAGACUUGUCAGUUCCUGGAAAGUACAGAAUUAUUCGGCCAGGCUGUGCACUGACACAGACUGCAGCCAUCCUCCAGAAGAAGUACGGCUUGGUCCCUUCAGAAGAGCCCUGCUCAUGAAAAGAGAAGGGGAGAUUACAAGGACUGGAGCUAGGCACUGUGUGUCUGUCAAUUGGUGUGACCUUGUUUAAUGAGGUCAUUGGGGCCACUUCUACAGACUUAACCUCUUCAAGUCUUGGAGAUUCCAGUGGAACCUCAGACUGCUCGUCUGAACUUAUGUAGACUGAUUGUUUCCAUUGGUUUGAUGGAAAAAGAGACAUGAUUACAUUCAGUGUUUGUUGUAUAAGUUCCUGAGGAUGGCCUUGUUCUGACACUGGAAGAAGUGGUUCACUUUUGGGAAAGUGGUCUAAGCACUUGCUUCUCUUUCCUCCAGAGGUUUGAGGUCUGAAUAGAUCUCCCAUUUGGAUCCUUGGCUGAUGGCUGGUGGGACAGGGGCUUGUGACUACUAAUGUUAGUACCAAAUGAUCAAUGUCUUAUUUUUUUUUGUUUUUGUUUUGUUUUGUUUUGCUACUGGGGUUGGAACUAGAAGAAAAUCUCAAAAGGCAUUGGUUAUGCUCUGUGUUACUUCUUGGGGCAGUGUCUGUUUCCAAAUUAGAUGAUAUUUAUAAAGUGCUUAACACCAUGGCUGGCUCCUAGUAGGUGCUGUAUAAAUGCUUAUUAUCUUCCCUGUCCCUCUUCCUCUUAUCUGCAGAGUCCAAUGGUAUUGUAAAUGCCAAGGAAUCUGGUAGUGAGAUAAGACGGUGGAGUAAAACCUU